UUAUUAGGAUCAAUCAAUAUUCCCUAAGCUUUAUAAAGCCUGUCUAUAGAAUCAGAAAUUAUUAUCUAUCUCAUAGCUUUUUUAGUUGUUUUAUUUUUUCCGUGGUCUCAGAUUGCAAACUAAGCCAAUGAACUUCUGUCGAAGUUCUUGAUUUUACUAAAUGUGUAUGCUCAGGAAAAUAAAAAAGCUACUCUUCCUUUGAGAGAUGUAAAAGAGGAGAGGGAGAAGGAUGAAUCAGUUGUUAGAUUUGGAAUUGAAGAAAACUUUAUUUACUUCUCCAAUCUGCAACUGGCUUGUUAUAUUACCACACUGUAAGGUAAUUUAUCUCAGUUACUCAUUCUUGUAACCAUAAAACAUGGUAUAACGACACUCCUCUGUUCUUCAGAAGGCUUACAAAAAAUGAAGAGUGUUCAGAAACUAUAAAGAUAGGAAUCAUGUAAAAUCCAAUAGGGUAAUGGAUAUAAGAUAUUUUGGUAAGGCAAUAAGGGAAAGCAUGCAGCUGAUACUGACAACUCCAGUUUUUUCUGCCACUGUACUUUCUGUAGUUCCUGUAAUUUUCCUUUCUUUUUCUCUCCCUCAAUAUUUCUGCCACUGUCCUGCAAACAGCAGGUAUAUUGCUCUGUCUUAUCAUAGAGACCAGCUCAAAACUAUGCAUCUCUUUUGAGCCUGGAGCUCUUCACUUGCAUACAAACUCCAGCUUCUUUGACAUGUUCUGACUCAGGCAGUCUUGGAGAAGCUACAGGGAAGCAGAAGUAUGAAAACUACCCAUAGCAACAGAGCAGUGAGGCUGCUCUUUCUUGAGAUCCUCUGGAGGGGUGAAGUUUCUGAAGGUCUUAUGCACACGUGGAAGAGAAAAAUGGGGAGAUGCAAAUUGUUUCAACUCACUAUUUUCCUCUAAGCAAGGCAACUCUGCACUCUAUGUUUUUGAUGCCCACGUUUUUCACUGCUCAAAUUCCUCUUCCCUAGUUCUGUGGUCUCCAACUGAUCACUUUGCAAACUCUCCUCUCUGUUGUUCUUUUCCUUACCCUCACUCCCACAUCUUCUAUUUCUAAUGGUUGCCAUUCUCCUAAUCCUCACUCCCAUUGCUGCUCUCACACAAAUCUGCAGCUGCCAUACCCUGUUCUGUAUGCCAACAGAACUAGUGGUAGCUAAAAAUGCUAUGAAUGUUUCAACGUAGGUAUGUCGGCAACCCUUCUAUUUUUAGAUACCCUGAAGAGCUGUCUGUAGCAGAUAUGUCUGGUAUAGCAGUCUGCUCUGAAAGCAGAUAAGACCAAACUACCCAAUGUCUCUGAAGCUGUCCAUAAAAAGGUCAUCACCUCACUUCCCAUCUGCUGACUUGGGUUUCCCCUAACCCAUUUCAGCCAAAACAAACCAGUUCAGCUGACACCAACUAUUUAAAGUGCUUAAGCUACUCUGGAUGACUUUGGCUGCAACAAGUUUGGGAGCAGGUUGCAUGAGUAGCUUGCAACUAGGUGAGGUGGUAACCUUUAGCAGAAAAUGGCUGUGACAGCUGCCAUUGGGCAGCUGGCUGGGGAUAGUAACCUCUUCAGCAGCCUCAGCCUGUGGGGGAAAUGAGGGCCCAUGCAGGGACCUUAAAGCGUGGUAAAUUCUGUGCUUAAAAUUUGAUUCUCACUUAUUUCACAAGAGGUGCCUCUGGGUAGCCACUCCUUUCUACUGUGCAGAAAACAUGAUGACGUUAUUCAGACCGUCAAUCCUCUUUCCCAUGUUUAAUCACUGAUAACUGAUUAACCAAGUGAAUUGCCACAAAACAAAAACAGCAAAAGUAUUAGAUGGAAAAGGGACAAGAAGUCAGGCAUGCUGGCUUGUACACAUAAAUAAAUAAAAAGCUUUAUAAACAAGGUGCAUAACCUCCAGUUCUCAAAAGUAGACAUCCAUUUUCCCCCUCUGUUCCACAAACAACAGGGGCAGCAUGCAGCAGUGUCAUUCUUGACAGAAGCCAAAUAUGAACUGUAGGACAUUGGGGAGUGUCAAAGUUCAAAAGCUGUUAUACAGUCUGUUGGAUAGCCACUGUCAUAUCUUUUGCCCUUGUUUCACCUCAUGCUGACACUUCAAGUCUUUUUACCUUCUGAGCCUGAUAAAUGGACACUAGAAAUUACAUUAACUCUUUCAUCACUGCUUUGCCAAAAAAAAAGAGAAUGCGUGUUAAGGCAAAAAAAUACAUAUAUAUUGUCAGACACUUAGUAAAACUUUGGAAAGCUGGGGAGGGAAUGUCAGACAGGCAGUCUCACUCACAGAUGGUUCAGGUGUGCAUCUCUGAUUGUUUAUGGAACUACAGCCUGAUCUGUGGUUUGUGAAUGCAUUUCAAUUCCUUUCCAGGAGCCUGCUGGGCAAGUAGUUAAGGGGAAAGAAAAAAUUUCAAUAAAAAAAAAAAUCUAGGCUGAAGUUAGACCAAUAUUCAGAUGAAUUACUGCUCUUACAUGAGUGACCACCUGCUGGCUGAGGCAUGCUAACUGCCAGCAUGUGCAUGUUUAGCCUGCUGCAGAGAUGAGGGAAAGAGUAUGGCCCUUAACAAAGCAAGGGCAGAUGCUGAUGUGUUUGAGCCUGCCAGACUACUUGUUUGUGUGCUACCUCAGCCUGCAAAAAUUAACUGUAAUGUAACAGUGGUUCAGUUGCAUCUCUUAGGAAUAUUAGGAAAAGAAAUCCUGACUCUGUGUUGGAAAAGCUUUACCUUGCUGUCCAAGGUUUUUCUGUAAACAUCCUUUUUAAGCUACAAAUUAAAUAUUCCAAAAGUCCACAAGUCCUUUUUCUGCUUACUGUUUUACAAUCAGGAAACUUUUUCAGUUUCCCCAUUAAGAACUCCAUAUAUAUAACACGUGACCAGGUUCAGAUGAUAAAAGGGAAGAGAGAAUUCAAACAUCUUUCCUCCUCAGCACACAACCCUUUCUGGUGCCACUGCUAUUUAUGAGGAUAACGAUACUGGAACUACUUGUUCUUGCACUCCUCUGUCUGAAUGAGCUGGGUCACUGGCUCUCGCCUAGAGUUUCCCUGGCACAUUCCCAUCUCUCCUUCAUAGAAACGGGUCACUUGUAGAUUCUUCAGCCACUAGUUACUGUGCGGGGGGCUACAAAAGGAAUCUUUUGGGCUACUGGUUACUUGAGGCAAGAAGGCAAAGAUCUGUUGAGCUUCUUCAAAAUAAAUCCAUAGAAAAUAGUAAAUACAUCUAUGCAAAUUGCUUUGCCACAACUUCUUCAUUGCCUCUGAUCUUUCUUUGAUAAGUGUCUUAUGCAGAUAGGGCUUCACUAUGGACUUGUCUCUCUUCCACACGUUCUGCACUCUUUUGGAGAGAAUACUGCUGUUCAGUAUGACUGCUAAAGAGAGUUCCUCUUGAGAGAUAGCUCAAAACAUCUUAAUGCCAGGCCCUUGUCAAGGCGGUUUUCAGUCAGUUCUUUCAGGACGAGAACAACCAGAACAUAAUUUAUUUGGAACAAUUCAAAAUACCAACCACACAAAACAUUUUCCUGUGAGUGAUAAGCAUUUGUCUUUCCAAAAGUACUUCAUUUGAAGAGACAGCCCCUGGAGCAUAAGAAUCUGUGAAUUAAUCUUCUUCCUCUUGAUAUCUUCCAAGAGUUUGUGGCAUAGGGAUGCAAAAGACUAACCAGAGCUUGAAUUCUAAAGUGUAAGGUGUCCUACAUACCCAGCAGAACUGACAGGUGAUUGUGAUUAAGGUUGAGAUAUCUCCAGGUGUGGGAGGCCUGCAGAACACUGGGUAGGACAGAGAUCAUCCAGCAGACCCCUGAAGGAUGUAAGAGUAGUUUGUCAGCUAGUAGUAGCCAGAAUGUAAACACUAGACAAAACAAUUGUUUCUGUGUAUCUUAGCUUAGACUUAAUGUUCACUUUCCUCAUGCUAUUGGUUUCAGUGGUGUUUUUUUUUUAAACUUGAAGGUUACUUAAAGGGUGAAAGUCCUUAGCAUGCCAUGGAGCCAACAGUACACAGCAAGCUACCCUACAGCAGAACGACCUAAAGUCCUACUUAACUAUGCUAUCACACACAGCUUUACUUCUGGGGAGAUGAAAACAGUCACCUGAAGCACCUCUGGCCAAGGAGGAAGGUGGCACCAGAGACCCCUCAGCCAGCGGGAUUGUGCUUUGCGCAGCACCAGAGCCACAAUGGCACAGUCCACUCUCUGAGUGCAGUCUUGGCUUGUGUCCAUCUCCACCACAGGCUCGGGCCCAGAGAGGCCACGGGACCUCUCGGGACUGGCACAGGGCCAGGGGCGCUGGAACACGAAUCCAUCCCUUCCCUCCCUGCCUCGGCGACCGAGCGGAGAUCGCUGCGGCCCGGUCCGCAGAGCACAGACUGUAUACAGAAAGGGACGGAACCGAGCGGCGCGGAUGAAACGCUUCCAUCCCGGUACAGCAGGGCGGGAGCGGCAGCGCGUUUGAAUCGCUCGGCGGCCCUGGCUCCUCCCAAGGGGCCGACCCGGGCAGCUCGAAGGGGAGCUCGAAGCGGAGGUCUUGUGCCGUUGCGGUCCUCUCAGCGCUGGUUAGGCUUCACGGCAGGACUGUAGCCGGAGCUCCCCGGUCCGUGUGCGGCCACGCAGCGAAGCCCGCUGUGCGCGGCCGCGGCUGUCCGAGCUCCUGGCGAAGCUCCGCUCUCCCUCUUCGCCUCCCUCCCUCCCCUUCCUCCCCCCCUCGGCUGAGUUCAUUCACUGGGAUUGGUUUCAAGUGACGCCAUCGCUUUAUUUUUACACCGAUGACCUCAUCCCAGCAGCCUGAAGUUUACUGACCAGCAAAACUCGCUGUCUUUCCCUUCCUCAUUCUCCUUCUCCCUGUUUGCUCUACCCGUUUAUUAGUAAUUGUUCGGUUCCUUUUGGGAACUGAAGACUGAAAAAAUAAAUAACUAAAAACGUCCAAACUUCCUCCCCCACCGUCCCUUUUUAAUUCUCUCAAGCCAUCCAGGGAGGGAGGAAGAAGGGGGGGGGGAAAGCUCCCAGUAUUUCCUUUUUCUCCCCUCCUACCUUCACACUUCCCCCUCCUAACGAGACCAUUUACUUCUAUUAAUACAUUUAUUUUUAAUUUCUCCCUUACUUUUUGCAUGGAAGAAGGAUGAAUUUUGUAUGAAAGAGGCGCUUCCCCAGCGUCUAGAAGGAGACAGAAAGUUGUUUUCUGGCGGCAGAGCGGUGAGAGGCCGGUACCAGCUCUCAUCCCUGCCGCGGGGAGAGACCCGGGCCAGGCAGUCAGACAGACGGGAGCGGGGGGAGGUGCCACAGUAAGUGCCGGCAGAGGCCGCCGCCGGGACCUCGCCUGGGCCGGGGCUGGGGGCCGGGCUGGGCGGGGAAGAGGAGGAGGAGGAGGAGGAGGGAGGUGAGGGACGGCUCCCGCCGCCCGUCCUCCUCUGCCAUGCCCUUCCUCGCCGCCCCCUCACCUCCGUAGGAGAUUCUGCAGCCGGCAGGUCGCUGCCCUGCACCGGCAGCUCUGACCGCCUCCUCCCGAUGUCAGUUGUUACACCACAAAGCUCAGCUGGAGAAGUGUACCUGCUGCUAUAAAAUAGCAUUACUGUUUUGAAGGGGUGGAAUGGGACACUUGUUGCAUAGAUCAUCUGCUUUGUGAUGUUAAGGUGUUUCCUUCAGCUGGCCUUUGUAUGCAGACCACCUUUUGUCCUCUUCAGCCCAUUCAGAAUUUGACUCAAGCGUGGGCUCUCAGUCCAGUGUAAAGAUGAUGGUUGGGAGCAAAGGUAAAGAAUGAUGUAAUGCAGCGCCAGCCAGAAAGCAUCUUUUGUGUGAACUGUGCAAUGGCUACUCCAGUCAUCUUCUGAUGAAUCAGAUGUGAAGGGUUGCUCUGUGGAAUGAGCCCUUUGUAACGGCACAUCAACUGGAAGCAGGAGGAGACAUUCAGCUGAAGAGCUCUUUCUGAAAAUGGGUUUAACUUUUCUUUUGCCAGUCACUACCAGCAUGACCUCAUACACUUCUAGUACAAUGCUGUGGCUAAGCCUUUGAGUACACAGCCAUUACAUCAUCGCAGCAAAUUAGAGAGGGAGGUGGUGAAAGAGGCCUCAUUGUUGUCAUGGCCGAUGAGAUGAUCAGCACUCAACUCAUUGUCGCCGAGAAGUUGGUGGCUUUGCUGGAGAGUGGUACUGAAAAAUUGCUGCUGAUUGACAGCCGCCCCUUUGUGGAAUACAAUACGUCCCACAUCUUGGAUGCCAUCAAUAUCAACUGCUCGAAGCUUAUGAAGCGGAGGCUGCAGCAGGACAAAGUUUUGAUUACAGAGCUCAUUCAGCAUUCAGCAAAACACAAGAUUGAAAUUGAUUGCAAGCAGGAAGUGGUAGUAUAUGACCAAAGCUCUAAAGAUGUGACUUCUCUCUCACCUGACUGCUUUCUUACUGUGCUCCUGGGCAAACUGGAGAAGAAUUUCAUCUCUGUAUAUCUGCUUUCAGGUGGAUUUGCUGAAUUCUCCAGCUGUUUCCCUGGUCUCUGCGAAGGAAAAUCCACACUUGUCCCUACUUGCAUUUCUCAACCCUGUCUACCAGUCUCUAACAUUGGCCCAACCAGGAUUCUGCCUCAUCUCUACCUGGGGUGUCAGCGGGAUGUCCUCAACAAGGAGAUGAUCCAGCAGAACGAUAUUGGAUAUGUACUAAAUGCCAGUAAUACCUGUCCAAAGCCCGAUUUCAUUCCAGAAUCCCAUUUUUUGAGAGUGCCUGUGAAUGACAGCUUUUGUGAGAAGAUUUUGCCUUGGUUGGAUAAAUCAGUCGAUUUUAUAGAAAAAGCAAAAGCAUCAAAUGGCCGUGUGUUAGUGCACUGUUUAGCUGGAAUAUCUCGCUCUGCCACAAUCGCUAUUGCAUACAUCAUGAAGAGAAUGGAUAUGUCCUUAGAUGAAGCUUACAGAUUUGUGAAAGAAAAAAGGCCAACCAUUUCUCCCAACUUCAACUUUCUGGGCCAGCUUUUGGACUUUGAGAAAAAAAUCAAGAACCAGAGUGGUCAGCCCGGACACAUCAGUAAGCUGAAACUUCUGCACUUGGAGAAAAGCAGCGAGCACGUGCUGGUGCCAGAGGGGGGGCAGAGCAGCCUCGCCACGAGUCAGCUCUGCAUCACUGCUACCUCAGAGAUCGUGGAACCGAAGCCUGCAGACCCUGGGAACGUGCCAUGUACUCAUUUGCCCUCACUGGAGGACAGCCCACUGGUACAGGGCAUAAAUGGGCUGCACGUCUCCCUAGAUAAGGUAGAAGACAGUAACCGGCUGAAGCGCUCCUUUUCACUGGAUAUCAAAUCUGUGUCCUACUCUGCCACUAGCAGCUGUGUGACUGCAUCGGUGCAGGGCUUCACCUCUUCCGAAGACACCCUGGAGUACUAUAAACAUGCGACAGCUUUAGAGGGAAGCAGCAAGCUGUGUCAGUUCUCCCCUGUGCAGGAGGUCUCGGAGCAGACCCCAGAAGCCAGCCCUGAUAAAGAGGAAGCAAACCCUCCAAAGAAGCCCCAGAAUGCCUGGCAGCUGGAUAGCCAGAGCAAGCGGCACGUGGGGAGAUCCAGCAGUGGUGCAGUCACUCAGCGGGCGCUCCUGUACCCGCUGCACCGGAGUGGGAGUGUAGAAGACAACUACCGAACGAACUUCUUGUUUGGGCUCUCCACCAGCCAGCAGCACUUGGCGAAAUCUGCAGCAGGGCUGGGCCUCAAAGGCUGGCACUCGGACAUCUUGGCUCCUCAGACAUCGGCCCCAUCCCUUACCAACAGCUGGUACUUUGCAGCCGAGUCCUCACAUUUCUACUCUGCCUCCGCCAUCUAUGGGAACAGUGCUGCCUACUCUGCCUACAGCUGCAGCCAGCUGCCCACGGGCUGUGAGCAAGCCUGUGCUGUGCGCAGGAGGACGAAGCAGGGCAACCGCGGAGACUCCAGGCGGAGCUGGCACGAGGAGAGUUCUUUUGAAAAGCAGUUUAAGCGCAGAAGCUGCCAGAUGGAGUUUGGGGAAAGCAUCAUAUCGGACAACAGAUCCAGAGAAGAACUGGGGAAGGUGGGCAGUCAGUCGAGCUUUUCAGGCAGCAUGGAAAUCAUUGAAGUGUCCUGAGGAGCAGUGGACUAAGUGUGACUGUAGCGGAGGUGCUCCCCCUCCACAUCCCCGCAGGUCUGAAAAGGACAAACCCUGUGCAGAAGGGGAGGGAGGAGACACGGAGCUUGGUGGGAGCACACUGACUAGAUUGAUAGAGCAAGGCAACAAGAGAGCAUCCGCACAAGGAGACUGAGCCUACCAUUGGUUUUCUUCUCCCAUCCUGGAGAAGGGCAGAACAUUUCAAAGAUUUUUCCCUGACAAAGGAAGCAAUUACGUGCAAUGGAUUGCACAUCCUUUCAAUGUUUUCAGAAAGGAAACUCUCUUGGUAUCAGACCAUUUCUCUGGUUCCACUGAAACACGCCCCUACCCAUCAAAGCUAGUUUUAUUCUCCCCUCCUCAAGCCCCAAGUCCUCACCAGUGCACCUUAGCUCUGACGCUGAGCCAACCUCUGGAAGGAGACCUGAGGAGAAAGGAGGCUGGGAGUGAUUCCAAAGGAACUAGGGACUGGUUACAGCAAGGCUGGUCUGAAAAGACAAUUCAGACAAAUGUAAAUACUGGUGUAACUAUUGUUCUAAUGGAUAGGCUUUAGGUGAUUUUCUAGAGAGCUGCUUCAGAGAAGAAACCAGUACCUCAAAAAUAUAACAAACUAGGGCGUUAUGGCUGCCGGAUGCCGGUAGUCAGUUGGUAAGCAAUGUGAACAAGUAACAACUAAGCCACAUUGGAUUUUUUUUAAAGCUGUCUACGCACAAGUGUUUCAGUUGGCCUAGCAGUAAUUCUUAAGACAAGUGAUCUGUAUUUGUGGCCAUUUCCCCCAUUCUUUUGAAACAUAAAAUAAGCAGUGUUUGUAUUUCUGCCAUUAAGCUGGCUUCUGGGAGAGGGACAGUUUGGUUUAUAAACUGUAAUGGAGCAGUUACCACUUCAGAUUACAGAGAGGUGGCUAGUACAAUGCCACAAAGCCCUCUUCUUGCCGAUUAGCAAUUCAAAAGAUGGCUCUAGAAAAAAAGGAGCUGUAAGAUCCAUUGGGCUGGGGUUUUGUUCUGAACUGAGCAGUACCUUCCAGGCCUGUUUUUCAUACCCAGCUCCAAUCUACAUGUGGGAUGAGAGUGAUUCAUGGUUUUAGUUUUUUCCUCCCCCUCCGUCUUCAUUCACCCAGACAGAGGACUCUGAGGCAGAUGCCCAUUUCAGGUUUGCUGACUUCAUUUGAGAGAGAGGUCUGUUCAGCUGUCCAGGGAAAACAGAAGGGAGAACUCCAAAGUCCCAUCUCAUAAUGUGUGUGUGUGUGAAAGAAACAAGAGUUUGAGAAGAGACAGCUUUAAUGGAAAGCCUGCUCACCUCCUGCACUUGCAGAUCCAAAGGAACUUCAGUUUUGGCUGUUGUCUUCUGUCCCAGCUUAGGGUCCCGGUUUCCCAGUGUGCUGAUGCAGGAUUUGGCUGCAAUUGCCUCUAGCUGCUCUGCCACGGGCCAGCGUUCUGCUUUCUGAUCUCCACCAAGAAUGUGCCAGCGUGAGGAGGUGUUGUUUCCCCACUGCCAGCGAGGUGUUUCAUGGGAGAUGAGGCACGGCCUCCUUGUGUUGUUUUUGACAGAGAACCAGCUGCUUCCCCUGCAGCGUGCCAUUCUUGUGGUAUGUCAGCUGCUGCUGUGCACGCACAGCGCUGUGCCGAGCUGGCAGUGGGCGAGGAGUGGGAGCAGACGCGCAGCGCAGAGCUCCGUCCUCCCCCUGGUGCUGGGAUAGAAGCUGCACACGUGUUAGCUUGGGCUUCCCCGAGGCCCCACAGAACGCAGAUGUGGGGGGAAAUGGAUUGUUUUGUCCAAUUUCAGUGCAGGCGGCUGAAAACUGUAAAUCAAAUGUAACAAAAACCUACCCCUGGCCAACAGCUUUAAAAAAAAAAUUGUCUGCGGCAAACUGAAGCCCUAAUUCAAGUCAGCAGCUUGGGUUAUUUUUUUUUUUUUUUACUGUAAGUUUUAGCUAGUUUGUGACUCAAAUCUCAGGUUUUACUAUAUUGAAAAGCAGAGAAAAUCUCGUCUUUGUUUUGUGACUAGGAUGUGACAGUUUCCUACAGCAGACUGUAUAAAAUAGCACUGAAAGCUACAGCAUUGAUUAACUUGAUCCUAAAUCGUGCAGAGGACACACAGAGAGGCAGCAAGAGGAUGCGGUGAACCUAGAGGCUGUGCUGGUGAGAUGUGUGAAGUGCCGGAAGAAGGGCAGUGCAGGCAAGGGCAGCCAGCACUGUAUUGUAAAGCAGAUCAGGCUGGGGCUGCUUGUUAAACAUACUGCCACUUGGCUGUGUUUACAUAUCAAGUGAAAGCAAUUACAUUAUGACUGUUUCCAGCAUAUAUACACACUGUGCGUGUAUAUAUACACAACCAUUUAGUUGUGCUCCUCUCAGGCAGAUUUCAGUAAAGACCCAUGGCUUUCUUUGAUUUGAAUCACUUAAUGGGGGUAAGCACAAAUAAAUCCCCGCAGGCAGGAACAGAAUUUUCCUGGUUUUUGUGUUCUCAUGUGAGUGUCCCCAUGCUCACGUGAGCGUGUAGAGAGUCCCAGUCAUACAUAGGUAUGCUUGAGUUUUGGUGGGUGACUCCUUCUGAGGGACUGAAAUUUGGAUGUCUGGCUCCUAGGAAUUUCCAGUGUGCUGCAGUCACUGCAGGCAUUAAAGCUGUAGGCUCAGAGUGCUGGGGGACAGGUUCCUGGAGGAGGAAACCUUAAAUCCAUAUCCUGUGCAGGGUGCUGCCCUGUCUCGCUUCUACAGUAGUGUACUGUACCUGAAUGAUGCUGGAAAUGGUUUCUAGAAGGGUGGAAAGCAAAACGAAGGGUGCAAGGGGGGAAUGUGUACAUGUUCAAUAUGAAUAUAAUGUUCUUUGGUGUAUGGAAGGUGUUUAAAUGGUUCAGAGAGAUGUGAGUUUCUCAUAUUGUGUCAUGAGCAUUACCUGUAUGUUAUGAUGAAAUAAAAUCAUAAAUGGUACCUGUUUAUA